GUAGCUAUUGAACCGACCAACACAACAGACGGAGCCAGCAAACACGGAGAAUCUCAAAAUUCGAGUGUGAUUUGCUUCAGUGAUGACUAUUCAACGACAUUCUGCCAACGGCCUCGUGUUUAUUUUGUGCUAUCGCGUCUAACGGAUUCCCAUGAAACGUUCUCCGCUUCCGUGAAUAGCACCUCAGUAGUUGCUGCACCCGGUUUGUCUGUCGAGAACUUGGUGGACAGUCGUGAUACACGUCGUCUUUUGGAACAUUCCGAGCUCCUGAUCGUUCCGGACAACAAAUAUGACGGAGGCCGGCGUAGAUCCUUCGGUCCCAGAUUUUCUUAAUCAGAAUACGAGCGAAGCUGGACCAGAAGUCGCCCUAUUCAACGGACAUCCCGAUACGCUGAAUUUCAACCAGAACUCUUUGCCGGACGAUCUAGGGCCCGUCGGCUCAUAUGAUACGAGGACGAUUACAAAGCAGACAUUUUCGAGAUUACAAAUGAAUUCGAAGUUCGGCACAUUCACGAAAAAGACUUGCGAGAGCAUCGAGAAGUUCCAUUCAGAGAUGAACGGUCUCGACUCGGACCGAGACGCAAGAUCCACCGACAACGGGUUGCCACUUCCGAAUACUGUGGAACGUGUGGACGGCUCGGCGAUCUCUAACGGGUCCACCAAAGAGGAGUCGAAAUUCCACAGUCAUAGAGCUUCGCGUCCGUCGAACAACGGUUCUACAUUGAGUCAAGUGAGUGUUCAGCAGAACCAAGCCAAACCUUCUGCCUUGGUGUCACCGAUGAUGGCUCUAAUCACGGGCGUCGGUUCGGAUGGCCAAGAUGUCGAUUCACAAACUGAGAGUGCGCUAACGAUUGACGCCAAGGUACACGAAGAUCAAAUCACCACCCUCCAGGACGAGCUCGAACAGCUACGGAUACAGUUGAACGAUGCAUUGGCAGAAAGAGACCAAGGUGUCGCUGCCUUGAGAGCAUACGAGGAACUCUUGAAGCGAAUCAACGAGAGCAAUGCAAAACAAAAAGGGUCUUCAGCAUCGUCGCUGGGUAGCGGGUCGUCUCCUCAGAAAGAUGCCAAUGGCGCCGAUGUUGACAAACUCAAGAAGAAGAACUCCAUGCUGGAGAAGACUGUGGACAACUUGGAACAGACUGUGCAGGACACCAUGGCGAGGAUGAAUGAAGUCAAAGACGUCAACCAGGAACUCAAAGUUGUCCUCACCGAUCAACAAGACAUGCUGGCUCAGUACAAGAGCACGAUUGAGCAAAAAUCUUUCGAGUACCGGGAUCUCCUGGCGAAGCAUGAAGCUCAUAUUGAUGCUCUGGUGACCGAGCACAAGCGGGAUAAGGCGCUCCUCGAGAAGCAGAUCACUUUGCUCAGGGCCGAGGCUCAUAUGAAGAGCCUCGACAAUGAAAGACUUGCUUCUGAGUGCCGCAUCAAGGGUGAACAAUUGGCACGGAUGACAGAGAUGCUCAACGAGCUUCGGCAAGCUUAUUAGGAGUGAGCAUUCAGUGAACUCGAAGUUCGGAAUAUCGUCGACUCCAUAUCGAAUCGCUUCCGAGAAGAAAUAUUUUAUGGGGAGCUCGGCUUCGUAAUGAGACGAUCAUCCUGACGAGCACUCCGACUUAGUAAGCGGAGCUGUGGCCAAAAUUAUUUUAUGUUUCUUCCUCGAAGUCGCUCGACAUCCCCGACCAUAGAGCUUGGCGCCCUGCGCGGAUCUUUUAAGGGUUCAAGUCUUGAAGUGGACACUAGGCUUGGUUGAAUUCGAGCGAUCUGAGGAAUCGAAUUGUACGAUACUGUCUCUAUAUCUAGAAGGUUUUAUUGUAGGCGCCCGGUCCUUGUUGAGAGGCUCUCAUGUUUGUGUGAAUAUAUCUUUUCAUUAGAAAAAUAAGCCGAAGUUUUUAUGUGAUCAAUCGAGAGAGGUCUUUCCAAUGGUGAUGGCAUCGAUGAAGACCGAGGGAUCCUGGUGGUCCAUGAAAUGAAUAUCAUUAAACGCGUA